AUGAGUUCCAAUACCCAGUCUUCUCCAGCGGCGCUCGCAAUUCAGGCCCAUCCUGACCGAUAUCAGGGCCCCUGGCUGCUGGGCAGCCUCUUCUCGAUGUUUUUGCAAGGCAUCCUUCUGGUUCAAAUCGACUCCUAUUUCCGCACUUAUCGGAAGGACGCGUUGCACACUCGUUCCCUUAAAAGCGCACAGACUGCGGCUGUAGCUUGGAAUCUCAACGUUGAAAAAUUCGGUGACUACGACGCGCUCGCCGUUGGCUCGUGGUACCAGAUGACGACCUCGUUAAGCUCCGGCAUUAUCAGUUUCGCUGUCCAAGGCUAUUUCACGCUUCGUCUCGCAAAGCUUACCAACAGAAACAUAUUUCUGUUGACACCGCUCGCCCUGCUCACUCUCUUCGGGCUCAGCGGUGCCAUAGCCAUGACGGUGAUAACCAUGAACAUGGGAAGCAGCGCUGGGAAUGUAGCAAAGUUCAACGACCUCGUGAGCAUCAACGCUGGUAGUGUUCUCGUGCUAUACCUCCUUAUCAGGUCGAAAACAGGAUACAAGGCUACGGAUCGGCUUGUCAACAAAAUCGUCCACGUAACGUGGAUGUCGGCAUUACCACCGUUCAUCUGCGCAUUGCUCAACCUCGUUACAUAUCUUACAAUGUCGAAAUAUAACACCUGGUUCAUUACCCGUACGAAUUGGCGGGAAGAUGUCGUCCCCGGGACCGAUCAGAGUCGUGGUAUUACCGGAACCCUUGAGGCACUGUCCUUUGCCGUUCCAAGCACCAUGAAUAUCCAAGACUCGAAGCAUACUAUUCAGACCACGUCAGACUCACAUUGA